AUGGCGCGGCUGCGCUCCAGAGGUAGCGCCUCUGUUGCUCCAAAAGAGCAUGAAAUGACACCACACAUUCGAUUACAUGAAGGGAUAAGACAUUCACCAAGAUAUUCAGUCCCUAUUCGAAGUAUUGAUACUAGGAGUAGUCCAUUUGUGAAAAGAAAAACAGGUCUACGAUCAACUUCGUCGGCAAGAUCUCGAACUCGACCCUCUUCGAGCAAAAGCCAAGUCACACGAUCAGUGAGAGGAAGUGUACCAGAUCAUGAGUUGUCUCCGCAGUUCUCUCCGCAGUUAUCCCCGCCUCCUCCACGGAAACGUCGCUCUGAUGCUACAGAUCAGGAGCAGCUCCCAAAGCGUCAGCGCAACGCUAGUCAUGGGUCUGCUGGAGAAGAGGAAUUGCCUCAGCCAAUCCAGCAGAGCGAGGAACCAAAUAAAGACGAAGAGGCAAUUCCUCAACCGAUCCAGCAGAACGAGGAGGCAGAUGAAGACGAAGAGGCAAUUCCUCAACCAGGCCAGCAAAACGAGGAAGACUUACCUCAAUCGGACCAACAGAACGAGGAAGCAGACGAAGACUCAGAAGCAAUUCCUUCAAUAGACUUUCUCAAUGGCAUCAAUAAGAAUAUUGGGGCCUUUGUCGUGCCAAACGAGCAACCAAGUCUUUUGUCCAACACCAGUGUCGAGGAUUCUACCAAGAAUGACGAUAGCGCACUUUCUCAUUUUGACACUUCACAUGAGAUCAAAGUCGAAAAACCAGCCAUCGCCGACACUACAGUUCAACACAGAAGUAGUACGGUUAGAGCCUUGACCGAAACAGAGGAUAUAUUGCUUGGAACAGUUGCACCAGAGGAGACACCUCAAUCAGCGCAAUCGGUUUUUCAGCCUGAGUCUUCGCCAGGCUUGCCUCCACUAGAGGAUAUGUUAGACCAUUUCGAAACAGUUCGUGCAGAGGCACCUCAACCAGCGCAACCGGUUCCCCAGUCCGGGUCUUCGCAACAGCAUGAGUCUUCCCAGCAGUCUGGGUCUUCAUCAAAGGGGCCUCAACAGUCACGUCGGCGAAAGAAUGGACAGCGGAGGAAAAAGGCGACGUUUUAUGAGCUUAACGAAGGUCCAGAGCUUUCGCUAGAACAAUCAGCACAGCCAAUCUCGUCGAGGAAUUUCCAAGUCGAUGAGAGUAUAUAUGACGUGCCUGACUCACCCCCAAGACAAUCAAAUCACACCAAGCUUGUUGAGAGGUCACAGAAGGCGCCUAUGUCAACAGGUAGAGGCAGCCCGAGGAUGAAGCUAAAACAAAGAAGCAGCCAGUCUGGUCAGCGAAGGAGCAACGUUUCUAUACAGUACCAGGAUGAUGAAGAACAAGAAGAGAAUUCCCAAGAAGAGGGUGAUGAACAUGGAGACGAUGAAUUCGCCUCUAGCGACGACGAGCUUGAGCUUCAAGAGCAGCAUACACCACACCAGGAUUCACUGGUGCUUGAUACACCACCGGCCGAUUCACAGGCCGCAGAUUCCACACAUACGACAUUUAUAAAGCGUAUAUACGUCCAAAAGCUCAUGCAUAUAAUGACCCUCCAAGGCUGGAUGGAAAAAAGAUUCUGGAAAAAUGAAUUUCUCGACCAUGCCGCAGACAAAUCAGAUGAGCUGGCUUCCAAGCCCGAUUGCCCUGUUCUGUCAACAAGAAUUCUAGCCCAGCUGUUUGACCUCCAUGAGUUGUGCAAGGAGAUUCCUAAAGCACCAAAGAUUGAUCAAUUGGCAUAUCUACGCGAAAAGGCGACAAAGUUCAGUGACUUGGUCAGCAAUCUUCACCAGUCCAUUGAUUCGUUCAUCGGGAGCAUCAAUAACUUCAUGAAAAGCGACGACCCAGAACAAGUACAAGUCGGCUCCAGUCGUGUUACGAGACUACGCAGGCGAACCAUUCCCAUGUUGGUGCUAUUACUGGACACAACAUUCGAAGCUGGAUGUGGACAUCCCGAUUGGGAUGGUAAAAAGGCCUCUCAACAAACCGGAGAGUUCACGGUAUAUCUGUUGGAGCCGCUAGAACGGGCUGCGGGUUGGGCCGGCAGAGCUUUACAGACGGUGGAAGGAUGGUACGAGCUUCAUCCUCCAAAGAAGGAACGUGAUGAAGAUACAGUGGAAGAGGCAAAAGCGAACCGCGCUGCAUUUCGCUCUGCCCUAGCCAUGCUCAAGCAAGAGUUAAGGAAAGCUAGGAGAGGCCUCGAGAAACCCAGACCAUCGCCUGCGGCACUAAUGCUAAGAGAUGAAGCUAUUCGAAAGGAACGUGAGGCCAGAGAGCAGGAACGUCGAGAAAAACAAAACCUUCAGAUGCAGCGCUUCAGGGAGUCGAUUCAAAGGAUCGAUCCGUACAGACGGUCGACUAAGGCGAGGCCUUUCCGACAAGAAGUGCCUGUUCCUUAUCGACCAAGUCAACCACGCCCUGCCCCCUCUAACAUGGUUCUCAAUCGCUUUCGCAAUUCCUCUGGCGUUAGCCUCUCCUUACCCAGCGCAACCGCCCCACCCCAGCCGCUGUCAGAGCGGGAGGGAUACUACGAGCGACAUGGAUGGCAUUAUUGGGAAGAUGAUCGGAUCUUGACCUUGAUCAGGACCACGACCCAUCCUAACUACGAAAACUUUCAAUGGAUGCUUCCUGAUCGGAGCACUGACGAGAUAACAGAGCGAUCGAGAUAUCUGAAGCUGGUUGUACGCGAUAAAUAUCAGCGUGAUGGGAUUCCGCCUCCCGGAUUUUGCAUGGAUGAAGAUUGA